CACGCCAUGAUGCUCCCGGUUCUCACCCAUCACAUCCGAUACCACCAGUGCCUGAUGCACCUGGACAAGCUAAUCGGCUACGUCUUCAAGGACCGCUGCCUCCUGCAGCUGGCCAUGACUCAUCCCAGUCACCACCUCAACUUUGGCAUGAAUCCCGAUCACGCCCGCAACUCGCUGUCCAACUGUGGCAUCCGCCAACCGAAAUACGGCGACAGGAAGGUCCACCACAUGUACAUGAGGAAAAAAGGAAUCAACACACUGAUUAACAUCAUGUCCCGUCUGGGUCAGGAUGACCCGUCUCCUUCCAGGAUCAAUCACAACGAGAGGCUGGAGUUCCUGGGCGACGCUGUUGUCGAGUUCCUCACCAGUGUCCACCUCUACUACCUGUUCCCCAGUCUGGAGGAGGGCGGUCUGGCCACCUACAGGACGGCCAUCGUUCAGAACCAGCACUUAGCCAUGCUGGCCAAGAAGCUGGAGUUGGAUCGCUUCAUGCUCUACGCCCACGGACCCGACCUGUGCCGGGAGUCGGACCUUCGACAUGCCAUGGCCAACUGCUUUGAAGCGCUCAUCGGGGCUGUGUAUCUAGAGGGAGGCUUGGAGGAGUCCCGGCAGCUUUUCGGACGACUGCUUUUCAACACUGAGGACCUGCGGGAGGUCUGGCUCCACUACCCACCUCACCCCCUGCAG